AUCUUGACAUUGACAUGUCACUAUUUUGUUUUUAAAAUUUCGUUUGUUUUUAUUUUAAUUUCAAAAUUAAUCCUGAAAAUCGUCACAUAUGUAAACUCUAAAUAAAACCAAUUAAUUAAUUAAUCCAUAAAUUUAAGUUCAGUUUAUUUCACGUAAUAUUUAAAAUUUAAAAUGGUAAAAGUAUGGAGGUUAGGUCUUAUGAGUUACGAUACAGCUUUAAAAAUACAAAUGUCCAUUGCCAGGAAACAUUUAGAUUCUAUGAUGAAAGGCAUUGAUGGAGAUUAUGAUACAUUGCUUCUUGUGGAACAUAAACCGGUGUACACAGUUGGCAUUCGAGAUGACACACCAAAUGAUGAAGUACGCCGGUUAAAAGACUUAGGAGCGGAGUUUCGUAAAACAAACCGAGGAGGGCUUAUAACAUUCCAUGGCCCUGGACAAUUAGUAGCAUACCCUAUUAUAAACUUGAAACAUUAUAAAACAAGUGUAAAGUGGUACGUGAAUAGCCUGGAACAGACUGUCAUCAAUUUGUGUGAUGAAUUAGGAAUUAAAGCAAACAGAAGUCCUCACACAGGUGUUUGGGUAGAUGACAACAAAAUAGCGGCAAUAGGCGUUCACGCAUCCAGAUAUGUAACAACACAUGGAAUCUCUCUCAAUUGUGAUAAUGACUUGUCGUGGUUCGAUCACAUUGAUCCUUGCGGCAUUGAAGACAAAGGCGUCACUUCACUCAGCAAGGAGACUGGUGUUAAAUGUACCAUUGACAAAAUAACUCCAAUAUUCUUAAAAAAUUUUGAAAAAGUAUUUGAUUGUAAGUCGGAAUAUAUUAACACAGAUAUACAAGAAGAUAUAUUAAGUAGCAUAUAUAGCAAAUUAUUAACCACUACCGUAUGAGUGACUUAAGUUCCUGUAGAAUAGUUUAUUAGAUGUUGUUUUGUUUACAAAUGUGAUGAAUAAAAAAAGUUAUGAUUUGUA